AUGAUGACCCCGCCCUCUCCUUUUUUCUAUGGUUCCAAAAGUUUUCGCAUCCAAUGGAGGGAUUCAAACCAUCACCCCUUCCCGUUUGUGACAGACCGUCUUGGUCUGUUGAUACUCUGGGAUUUUCGCCUUCCUCUUGCACCAUCUCAACCCCUUGUAUCCCCUGCUCUGAGCCUUGGUCCCACUCGUUCUUUACAAAACUUCAUAUGUAACUAA